GUGUCACUCCUGGCCCUCGUCACAACUACGCCAUCAGUGGGGGGCUCAGGGGUGUCCCAUAUGUGUCAGGUGGUCCUCGAAGAACUUAUAAAAGCUCCUCCCCGACUCGCUGCGCCUUGGACUCGCAGACAUGGAGCGCACCUUCCGGCAGCAGGUCUUCAUCCUGCUCUUGAGUCUGAGCGUCCUCAAGGGAGACUGCAGAUACUUUGAGGACAACGACAUCCUGAAGGAUGAGCUGUAUUCCUUUUUCAACUCGGAGCUGCUCAGGGAAACGCCAGCGGAGUUCGUCAUGUACCGGAGACCCCUACGUUGUCUGGACAUGGUGUCCGUGGAGGGUCGCUUCACCUUCACGGCGGAGCAGCCCCAGCUCAGCUGCGCGGCCUUCUUCAUGGCGCAGCCCCACCAGGUCAUCAGCGUGGAGUACGACAGCGUGGACAUCGACUGCCAGGGUGGAGACUUCAUCACGGUGUUUGACGGCUGGGUGAUGAAGGGGGAGAAGUUCCCCAGCUCCCAGGACCACGCGCUGGCCCCGCACGAGCGCUACGUGGGCUUUUGUGACUCCGCCUCCGCCGGGAGAAGCGUGCGCUCGUCGCAAAACGUGGCCAUGGUCUUCUUCCGCCUGCACAGCGCCGGCAGCGGCUUCACCCUGACGGUCAGGAAACUGACCAACCCCUUCCCCUGCAAUGUCCUCUCCCAGUCACCAGAGGGCAGUUACACCAUGGUGAUCCCCCAGCAGCACAGGAACUGCAGCUUCUCCAUCAUCUACCCUGUGGAGGUCCACGUCUCGGAAUUCACCCUGGGGCUCCGCAGCAACUUCCCAAAGAGGUCCAUGAUGGGAUGUGCGUCCCAAUCAGGAGAUUUUGUGCAACUGCUGGGAGGAAACGGUCUGGACACAACCAAGCUGACUCCCGUCACGGACUUAUGUGUCACCUCUACUGGCCCCACCCGCGUGAAGGUGGGCUGCGACAACACAGUGGUGCGGAUGGUGUCCAGCGGCAGGUUCGUCAACCGAGUGUCCUUCAGCUACCGCCUGCUGGACAGCCAGGAGAUGCAGCAGCUGAAAGUCAACAACGUGGAGGACUUUUGUUUCAGCGCCUGAGGGCCGAGCAUCAAUGUCAACACAACCCAGAGACCGGCUCCGAUUCUCUCUGUUCUAUAAACUGUGGCUUCCGUAGCUUUGCUUGGAUCUUUAUUGUGCGUUCGUGACCACCGGAGUGGUCGUGUGACAACAUGAGUGGAACACAUUGUCUGCUGUUACGUUCACACACACACACACACACACACACACACACACACACACACACACACACACACACACACACACACACACACAUACACACACACACACACACCACCCAUUGCAAUUUGUAUACACAACUUUUUUGUAAUAAAAAAGACACUGCAUGACCAAGCAUUCCGUGGAGUCGUC